CUAUGAAUUAAUAAAUUUCGCUCGCUUCUCUUACUCUCUCGGUUUUCUCAUCGUCAAGUUCGGACCCAACCUUACUUUCGCCAUUUCGAGAGAUGACCAACUCAAAACUUAUUGCUAGUUUGAUAAAACGAAUUGAAGUCAGACUUCCUAUUAACAGUUCUGGCAAGUCCAUUGAGAUGCUGGAGCAAGACCCCUUAACCCAGCAGACGAUCGCUGCCAUCAUUGAAUUAUCAAUUCAUAAACUGUCUAUCAUCGUUAAUCAGCUUGCCCUGAUUUUAGAGUCAAUUUCAAAGAUCUAUAAUCUGUCCACAAUAGAUUUAUAUGUUCCUAGUGAAUUUCUUCAAUCACAAUUGUUUAUCCUUCGAUUGAUAUCAGCCUGCUUACAGCAUCAUUGGCAAUGGUAUGGAAAACAGAAAAUACAGCAGCAACAAAAUAAUGACGAAGUGAAGGCUAUUACUUUGGGGAACUUAGCAACAACCACAAAUAAUCCGUCUGAUGAUACAAAUUAUAUACUUACCAAUUUCCAGUGCAAAUCUUCUGCAUCUACGACAAUUCUUCGAAGCAACAACAUUCAUACAAUAAUCAAUCCGGAACCACUCGAGGAAACAUUAAUAUCAUUUUUAAUGUCACUGAUUAGCCGUUUCUUAACGCAAACACAUAUUAUUGAAGAACGAACAGAGCAGAAUAUCAAUUCCUCAUCGGGAGCUGCUGAUCAUAGUAUUGAAAGAGUUGGUAAUACUGCUAAUUCUUUGACGAAGCGAUUAGAUUCACAAGCAUUAGAUUAUAUACAAGAAAUUUAUACAGCCGCUGGGAAAAUCUUAUACUAUACUAGUGCCAGCAAUUGGGGAACCUACUAUGCGCGAAUUCGAAAUGCAGUCAAUAAUCUCAGUGCAAUCAAUGAUAGUGUUGCGAUGAAUCCUCCUGAUAUCAGAAUCCUUGCCUUUGCAGAUCUAGAUAUACCACGUUUACAUACAGUUUUAUCAGACUUGAGUCCCUAUUUUUUGAACAUGAGAGUUCAAGGUAAACUAUUAUUUGCAAAAAUGAUGAGAUUGGCUAUAUGGAAAUGGAUCGAAACGAAGCCGAGUCAAUUUGCAGAGAUUUACACAAAGGCAGGAAGCGAUAGCAGUAUGUCGAGCAUUUCAGGUUCAGAAAUUCUGUUCGAUAUGUGCGACAAUGCUGCCGAUAGUUCACGUAAGAAAUCUGUGUUAUGGCCAUUACAGACGGUCUUGUUAUUGCUCACACCAGGGCAUUUGAUACAAGCAUUUUUGGAUGAUCAUGGAUUGCAAAAUAGAAGGACAGCCUUUCCGCGCCAAUUGAAAAAAGCCUUACACUCUACCAGAAUGCAACAAAUUGCUGCUAUAUGUUACAUCCAUCUUUGUAAAGCGGCUGUGUACAUACCUCCAAAUGAAGAUAACAUCUUGCGUCUUAUUGCAGCAGAUGUGGAAGAUACUCUGCGGGACAAAGUGUGGGAUUUUUCUCGCGUUUCAGCGAUGGAUACAUUAUCUUCUGGUCUGGGAUAUACAAUUAGUCAUCUAACUUUGUUAACAGAUUAUUUCUUAACUGCUGUAAAAUUAAAUGCAGAAAAAGCGUUGGAAAAUUUGAUACCCCCAUUGGUUGGAGAAAACGAAGAGAUACCCAUUGUAUUCAGGCAGGCAUUCAUUAAUGCCUGCUUAAGCAUUGCUUUAGACAAGGAUUCAGCGCUACCAUGGUGUCCAACGUUAAAAUCAUUGUACUCGCACAUAUCUGCACCUCUUAAACGUAUUUUCAUACACUCUACAAAAAUAGUACUAAGCCCGUCUUUAUCAAGAUCAGAAAUUUCUAAUUCCACCUUCGUAGCAAAUAAGAAACAGAAUGGGGCAAGCACAGCAACGAUAUCAGGAACAGUAUCAGUAAUGGUGACACCGAUUACAGCAGGAAGUACAGCAUCCAACAGUGAAAGAAGUUUACAACCUCCGCGGCAAAUGGAAACAAUUCUACAAAGUAUACUUAGGUUAUUCAGGUUAGAUCCAGCUAGUGCUUUAAUGGGGAAUAACCAUGGUGACGAUGGGCAUGAGCGAGUAGACGAAAAUGCGGCUACAAUCAUCUCCAUGAUAAAUUUAAUGAAAUACCGGGAUAAGCGCAUCAGGCGCUCGGCAGCAGAGUGUAUAGCUCGCUUUUUUGAAUUUGAACAUAUCAAGCAAUGGGGUCCAUCGGAAACUUUGAUUGUUAAUUUUUGGAAGAUAUCGUCACAAACUGUACUGUGUUUAGCGCGCCAAAUCCUUGAUCAACGCCAGAGUGAAGAAAUUAUCAAAUCAUAUUUAGAAUUGCUAUGCAAAGUACUCGUUUCACGAAACGUAUUCUUACGUAGUCUAGCGGAUACAAGCUAUGAAAACACAAUAUCACAUGAACGCGUACAAUCCAGUGUGACCCUAGAAACAGCUCUUUUAGUAUCGUUAUGCUCACCUAUUCCUGAUAUAUGCUCUCUGGCAACAGCAUGCUUGAAACAUUUAUGCGUAGAGGCUAAGCUGGUAGAAGACGAUCUUUUGCUUGCUGAUACAGCAUCUCGUACAAGCCAAACAAUAGGUGGCUUCGAACACAAUAUUGAAAUAUACGAGGACCUCUCGUAUGAAGAGCCAAUUUCGAAUCAGCAAGGCGCAAGAAAACAGCCUUUUAUUGGACGAAAAGCACAACAAAAGAGAAUUCGAAAAUACCUACGUAUGAUUAGUGCUCCUACACCUGGUGUAUUAACCGCCUGGGAGGAGAUUUGGAAAAGAUGGAAAAUUCUAACACAGGUCGUUAGCAGAUUUGGAAUAGAUUCCUUACGCGAUUUGAAUGAGGGUAUAGGCAGCACCACCGCUAGCACGGUUUCGUCUAUGUCAACACCCUCAGCCAAAAAAAUUGGAGGAUUGGUUCGACAUGAUAAGGUUAGAUCACCUUCUAUGAGAACCAUUACCACUUCUCCAGUUCCCGUAAGUCGAAUCGAAACUGACGACGAGAAACAGACAGAAUGGCAAAAUUAUACAGGGUUUUUAGCAGCAUUAGGUGGUAGUCGUUUGGCUGCGGAUACGAUAGACGAGGAGCUUUUGGAAGUAAAAAGACCGAAUAAAGCACAUCAUGAUGGUAAUACAUCAGUUUCCUCAACUCGUCCACCAGCAGUGACCAACAGUAUGGUCAAAAAGUUUAUAUCAGAGAUGAUAGAACUGUUAACGUCAGAAAAUGUGAUGGUAAGAGAAGGAGCCAAGGAUACUUUGGGUGGUGACAUUUCUCCGGCUCUAUACGCUAUACUUUUCCAACAUUUAGAAGCAGCCAUAAACAACUGUUUUUCUGCACAAGGAGAUGUUAUUUGUGACAGCAAAAAUACGCUAUUAGUAGAGCAAACGGUGCUGAUUUUAAAGACGAUUUUAGAUAGACUAACGCUUCCCAAUGACUGUCUACUCAGUACUGAUUUUGGUACGCUAAUACUGCAAUUAGCAAACUACAUUAAUCGACUACCCCAUGAAAACUAUACGACAAUGCGUGUAAUGAUAAAGAUGUGUAACCUUACUGAGGUGCUAAUGUCGAAGAAGGAACAAGUUAUUAUUCGUGAUGAUGUUCGUGUGCGCAACAAGCUAUUGGAAAUAAUUAUAGAAUGGACAAGUGAUUUUACUUUGCGUGUCAUGAAUGGAUCUACGAAGAUGUCGUUUAGUAGCUCCCAAAACAAGGAAGUACAGCGGGAUUUGGAUCAAGUUUGCUUAAAAGCUAUAGUAACAAUCCUACAUAAACUUCCCCUUCAAGCUGUCGAACAGUCUCGUGAUACUGACCGAACAAUGAGCAAAACUCGACUAUUCCGGAAAUAUUUCAUCUAUUUUACUCAAUUGCUCGAUAGAUGCCACCGAUAUGAGAAGGAAUCCAGUUCAAUAAUCCCACGAUCGAACGCUGAUCUGUUGCGAAAGACGGGUCGGGAGUUACAAACUUUAUCGGCGAAACCUUCAGAGCUCUACCAAUAUUGGAGUCCUUUGAAAGAUUCAGCAGUGAGUGCCAUAUCCAAUCUCCUCAGUGCUAAUGUUGACUGUGGCUUACAGUUCACUCUCGCUAUGGGAUACCACGAAGACAGUCGCACGAGAACUGCGUUUAUGCAGGUAUUGUCGAAUAUCUUGAACCAGGGUGCUCAAUUUGAUACUUUGGCUGAGAAUAUUAUAGCCAACCGCUAUGAAAAGCUUGUCGAGAUCAUUGUGGACUCUGAUAUCGAUGUAGCACUAGCUUUAUGUGAUGUUUGUCCAUCAUCAGAGGCAACAGUUAUGUGCAAAGUCUUACUGCAGUGUUUUGAGUCACGUAGUAAGGUACUAACCCUCCUCAAAGCAGUAAUAGACAGAGAAGUAAAUUCAACAGACCAAGAGUCAACUUUGUUCAGAGGAACAAACAUGGCCACUAAAAUACUGUCCACUUUUGCACGUGAAACUUGCGUAGAUUACAUUCGGUUCACUUUACAGCCAGCUAUGGAACUAAUUAAUAGUCUACCUAAUGAAAACUUGACUUGGGAGUUAGACCCACAAAAAUUGCAAUCGAGAGAGGAUAUACUGAUGAACAGGCAAAAUGUUUGCCGAGCAACUGAAAUUUUUUUAGACGCCAUCUGCAAUUCAACCGAAAACGCACCGAGACUUUUUCGACAAGAGCUUGCCCUAAUAGUUGAAGCGGUCAACAAACGAUUUCCUGAUGCAUCCAAGACUGCUGUUGGUGGUUUUGUUUUCCUUCGCCUAUUCAAUCCAGCUAUUUUAACGCCGGAAAACUCGGGUUUUUCAAAAGCUGCCUUACCCCGUUCAAAAAUGGUCAAAAAACUACUUCUUCAAGCAACGCGUAUAAUGCAAAACCUUGCAAAUAACGUCAUGUUUGGUGCCAAAGAAACGCACCUAAUUUCUCUCAAUGAUUUUAUCACGAGUAAUCUAUACCGUGUCGCCAACUUUCUUCGCGAAAUAUCAGUUGUACCUGUCAAAGGUGACCGAUGCAUUAAGGAGGAAACAAGGGGUAUUCGUAUGGAUCACUUCGCUUUCACAAAACUGCACUGUUAUAUGUCAGACAAUCUGGACAAAAUAUCGAGAGACCUUUCUGUACGCCGUGCUAGAACAAGUACGGACACUCAAAAGCUCUUGGAAUGGAAAAGAACGAUGGACAAACUCUCCAAUUUAUUAGCACAGCUAGGACCACCCAGUGAACUAUCUCAGAAUGACUUCAAUACAGGCAGAAACUACGCAUUUUUGACAAGCAAUAAUAAUUUUUACAGGGAAUUCAUAAAAAGGAAUAAGCAUAGAGAUUUGAGUCAUAUCAGCUCAAUGAAUAUCUUUUACAAAGGCGGUAACUCAAAAGGUGGAAGGCCAGUUUUUUACCUGAUCACCAGAAAUGCUGCAGGCGAAAAUGUUGACUUCGAGUUAUUGAUCUACUAUAUGUUACGCGUUAUGGAACCAUACUUAAACCAUCCGUUUGAGCUGCUAAUUGAUGUGUCUCGCUUCUGCGAAGACGUCGAAAUCCCAUCACACUGGUUGAACCAGUUUUUUCAACUUAUAUUCAGCGAAAUGAAUGACUAUUUGGUUGCACUUAUUUUGUACAAUCCCAACUUUCAUAUGCAACGCUAUGUACGAAAGCUUCCUCGUAUCGUCACAAAUAAGCUUGUCAAGAGAACGAAGUUUGCUAUCACCCUUGACAAACUAACAAAUUACAUUGCUAUGCCAGACAUUCAGUUACCGAAAGAAACGCUUGAAAUGGAAAAAGUAAAGGGUAUGACUAUUACCAAUGCAUAUAUUGUUACCAGCUUCAAAGUGAUGAUUCCUGUAAACAUAAAGAUUGGACAAGAUUAUCUCAUUGUCACUACGCUACGUGAGCAAGAAAUCUUCUGGAGCCUGAAUGCUAUAUUGAACAAUGUUUUUAGUAUGACCGAUAUAGUUGAUAUAUUCAUGCCAACCAUACCGUCUUCAAAAAGAACUUCCGAUGAGGGUGAGUUACACAUCGUUCACGACAGUGGUAAAGCAACAAUGGUUUUGAUUGUGCCAAAUUGUGAAGAAAUUUACAGAUACUUAUUGGAAAGGAAGAAGAACUUUGAAACUAACUUUACUAAUGUUAGCCAUGGUAUUCGUCCAACCGACGUACCGGGUCGAAUACUUAACAUGGCAUUAUUGAAUAUGGCCAGUGAUGAUCCCACCCUUCGAACAGAAGCUCACAAUCUUCUCUGCUCACUGUGUAUUUCUUUUCGAUUUGGCUGUGAUCGUAAAUUGAUGAAGACAAAAGAUAUUUGUAUUCCCUCGAAUUCGGUGGACUUUAUUGUAGCAAUUAGUGAGAACCUGGCUCAAGCAGAAGCUCAUUUAACCUUAGAAUUUCUUAAUGAAUGUAUACUAGGCUUCAAUCGGUCAAGCAAAGAUAGAAUAAGACAAUUGACAACGCUAGAUUACAUGGUUCCAUGGUUAAAAAAUCUGGCAUUAUUCGUUACUGCUCCUCAUAAUGAAAGGAAUGCCCUAAAAGUGAAAGAUGUGAUUCGUUCGUUAAUUGUCUUAACUGCAGAAAAAUCACAUGUAUACCAACACAUUCAAAAAAAAGUUUGGAAUACUCUAAAGGAUAUCGAAGAACUGCAUAAUCUUGUACUUGAUGCACUUGUACAAUACUCUGUUGAAAAUGGUAUUGGUUCUCCCCAGGCUGAAGUGAUGGCCGACACCAUUGUCACGUUGAAUACACAUGCUAUUCGCGGGAAAGUAUUACACCGAAUGCGUAAAGUCUUAUCAGCAACUUCACAGCACUACCGUCCUUCAUUGACAAAGCAUCCUCUUUGGCACGAAAUUGGCUGUCUCAUACGUUUUAUGCUCAUGUUGUCAUUCUAUUCUGAAAGUGUCAUGAAACAUUAUUUGGCUGAAGUCUUUCAUAUCAUUGCUUUGAUCGUAGCAACAGGACCUACAUUCAUUCGUUCGUCGGUACAUGAAUUCGUUGUGAAUGUUAUUCAUGCCUUGGUUACCAAUAAACAUAUAACGGCAGAUGAUCGUAAAAAGCUCAAAUACAUAUUGGAUGAAGUGUGCGAUGGGAAAUACCGAGUACAUUUCGGCCUUAACAAGACAUACGCCAAUGCAUUCACAAUUACAGAAGAGACAAUGACAGAUAAUGUGGAAUGCAUGAACCUAGGCUCUUUAGAAGUGAUUGUCCGGUUAAUGAUAGAUGUAACGCAUUAUGCAGCACCUACAAUAGACAUUGCCAAUAUUUGGCGUGCUCGUUGGACGAGCUUAGUAGCAAGUAUGACUUUCCAACACAACCCAGCAUUACAGCCACGAGCCUUUGUCAUUCUUGGUUGCUUAGCCCAAGAGGAUAUUGAUGACGACCUUAUGUUUCAAAUUCUGACUGUUCUGCGUAAUGAAUUGGCCCGCUUUGAUGAAAAGAACCCUUGUCUCGUUAUCAGUAUACUGAUGUGUCUUACAAAUAUUAUUGAUAAUCUGUCCGAUACCUCUCGCUAUCUGAAGUCUAUCUUUUGGCUGGCAGUGGCAAUGGUUGAAAUGAACCACAGUCAGAUUUUCUCAUACGCUGUUAAUCUCUUGCAUGCUGUAUUACGAACCUUAGACACCCACAACUGUUUUCAAAAGAGCUCCAUCCGAGAUGUAUUUAUGGAAGCGAGGUUUCCCUACGGAGGGAUUUCUCAAAAAAUUGAUAAAGCAGCAGGGCUCAGUUUUGACACACAAUUUUCAUUUGCUAUUUCUGUCGCUUUGUUGAAAGGAUUUCGUUAUCCAGACGCACGGGAAACGGUGUUCACUUGCCUAACAACGUUUUUGGAAAUUGAAACAAAAUCUUUGUCGAACAUGAAUAGCAAUAUUGUAGGAACUCAUCUUUUAUUGCCACCUAAUUCGUUCAGCAACGUCAAUAGCCGGGUUCACGUAAAGUGCCUUGGUUAUUUGUGUGGUCUAUUACCGUUUGCUGUUAAGAACGAUGCAUUAAAAGAGCUGCUACAGCUGGCGGGUGUCAAUGAGAAUGCUAUAGAUUUGACUAGGGCUAGUAUGCUAGAUCAACCGCUAAGCAACGCAAGUAAUAUUGGCAUUAAUGAUUUUUCGCAAGACGCAGUGUCUAUUACAGCAGCAACACAUCAUGAUAUAUAUACCAUCAUUUGGCGUGCCAUUGAUAUACCCAACAAUACAACAGGUGUUUUGCUUGUUUCUUUUCUCAUUGGACUUCUUAGUCUCGCAGAGAAUGAAUCAGAAAGAUUAUUUUUAUAUGGUCUCUUAGCUAGGGCAGCAGUUUCGACACCAGAGAUAUUCGCAUUAAUUUAUGACUCACUGAUACCCAAAAUGAACUCUAUUGUCGUUUCGAGUAAUAACCCAAUGUUGAUCAAUUCUGUAAAGGAUAUUUUGAUGACGGCAUGCUCUGAAACAGCGUUCAAGGCAAAUGAGCCUAUGGGACAGCAACACAGAUAUCUUGAGGAGAUUGGCUUCAGCGCGCUUGGUGAAGUAAACUUUGGUUCUUUGAGCAAUUCAACGACAAUUAAUGCUGCGUUAACAAGUGAGCUACUCAAUAUGAUUUGUGAAUAGAUAUUAGACUUGUUUUUUCAAAACUUCAAAG